UAAUGGCACACCUCUGAUCUGUGUACGUUGGUCAGAGUGCACUGGUUGUAGAAGUUGUUUUUCUUUCAGAUUACUGUUUCGAAAGGAUCGAAUAUAUUUCAUUAGUAUAAAUUUUUGUUCGAAUUAACAUCAAUUCAGAGAAAAGGCGGUCUCUUUCCGCCAUUCAUGAUGAAGCGGAAGUACUAUUAUCCUAGCGUAACAAACGUCGCACAAAUUCUACUGGAUCGUAACUACAGUGACAUCGAGCAGAUUGUGCGAAAUCGACUGAAAACUGCACCGCAAUUUAUUGACCAGAUUGAGCUUGAAGCUGAACUGAAGGGACACAAUGGCUGCGUUAACUGUCUUGAAUGGGGCGACAAUGGUCGAAUUCUUGCAUCGGCUUCCGAUGACUACCACGUUAUGCUGUGGGAUCCAUUCGGUCAUAAGCAGCUGUACGAUUUGGUUACACCACACGAUGGUAACAUUUUUUCCGUGAAGUUUCUUCCGAAGCGGAACAAUUCCGUUCUGGCGACGGGCGCCGGAGACUGUAAAACGUAUGUGUUCGACAUCCAUCGCGGAAACGACUCACCGAUACGAAAGUGUAUAUGUCACAAGCAACGUAUCAAACGAUUGGCUACACACCCGAAGCACAUGCAUCUGUAUUGGUCUUCGGCGGAGGACGGGAAGGUUCUACAGCAUGACAUGCGAGCCUCGCACUCGUGCCGAUCCAACGAUGCCAACGUGCUGAUCGAUCUCAGGAAUCAUAUCAAUGAAAUGCCGGAAAUCAAGUGCAUAGCUAUCAAUCCACAGAGACCCGAGAUGAUGGCCAUUGGCGCUAACGAUUGCUAUGCGCGGUUGUACGAUCGGCGGAUGCUCUCAUUGAUGAAGCUCAACAACGACAUUGAGCUGAAACUGAACGAGAACCACACGGACAACACUCCACGCGAUGGCUGUGUGCAGUACUACUGUCCGGGCCAUCUGAGUCGGAACGAGGAAACGGUGUAUUCGAUCUUUAACCAGAAAGCGAUUACUUAUCUCUCAUUCAGUCCGGAUGGUGGUGAACUGUUAGUGAACAUGGGGUCAGAACAAAUAUAUCUUUAUGACCUGAAUCACCCGAAGGAGCCUAAGUUUCUCCAAUUGCCGAAAAUGAUCGAACCCAUCAAUGGGACGAACGGAACCACUCAUGUGAAAGGCGAGGAAAAAACUAAGCAUAAGUUGCCUUCCGAUGUGGAACAAAUGAAAAAGGAAGGAAACUCUUUCCUGGAGAGAGAGAAAUAUCUGCAAGCUAUUCAGCAGUAUACUUUGGCCAUACGGAAGGCACAAGAGAAAGAUUGUUCAAUACUAUAUCUCAAUCGUGCAACGGCACUGAUGAAAAGAAAUUGGUAUGGUGACGUUUACGCCGCUGUUCGUGACUGUCAUAGAGCAUUACGACUCGAUCCACACUAUGUAAAAGCUCACUUCCGGUUGGCUAGAGCACUACUCAAGCUGGGUCAACUGCAGGACGCUUCGAUUUGUUUAGCCGAGCUGAUGAAACGGUUUCCUUCGUAUGCGAAAAACCACGGAGUGCUCAUGCUCGACAAGGAUAUUGAAGCUGCGAUAGAGAAACAGAAGCAGCGGCAACGUGAACGGACCCAAGAGGCAGAAACUGAUCAGUUUUCUGAAAAUGAGUUGGUUAGUAUCAAUUUAGAAAUUAAUGCAAUGUCUCAAUUCUUCAAUGUUUUCUCAUACAAGGCUUGGCGAGCUGCUGCUUUGGAUUACAAAGAUCGUUUUGUUGGUCAUUGCAAUACGAAGACGGAUAUUAAGGAAGCAAAUUAUUUCGGUGAUUCAAACUACAUCGUGGCGGGAUCCGACGAUGGUAACUUCUUCAUUUGGGAACGAGAUAGUGGAAUGAUUGCAUCCAUCUACCAUGCAGACGAAUUGAUUGUGAACUGCGUUCAACCUCAUCCAUACAUCUGCAUGCUAGCCACCAGCGGGAUUGACCACGAGGUUCGACUCUGGUCACCUCAGUCAAUCGAGAAUACACCGAUCAAGCAUCGACUAGACGUUGUUGAGGGCACUGUAAAUGAAAACCAAACCCGAAUGUUGUCCGACCCGUUCGAUUCGUUAGCCCCAGAUCAAGCAAUGUGUCGCACUAGUUAGCUUUCGGAUCGAUUGAUUAUCAACCUCUUUUAUGUGAUUAAAGAUAGAAUUAGUAAAUUAUUCGUUAGAAUACGAAUUUUAUAACUCGCUGAGAGAACACCCAUAAUGCGAGGUGGCCGAAACAGACACAAAAACAAGACAGACGCAAAUCAAUUGCACCGUUGGAGAGACGAGUCCAGAAUAUUACACAUUGUUUACACACCAAUUAUUGUUACUGAAAUGAUUAACAUAUGCGGUUUAUAAAAUAGCAUAGAGGGGUUUAAUGUAGUCCUGGCAAACAGCCAACAUAAUCGCAUUAUUGACGAAUGGUCGCAUUUUACGCUUUCCAGUAAUAAACGCUGGAGUGAGUGAUGGGUUCAUUUACGUAUACUUUGUUAAAUUGAUGUGAAUGAAAUGGAACCGUUCCUGUAAUAAUAAAAAGCCUACUGAAAA